UACAAAUUAUAAGGCAACCUUACUGUUUAGUCAAGCUGCACAUGAUCGAUCGGAUAGGUGAAUAUUAUUGAUCAGGACUCACCGAAUAGCCAUUAGGCUAUUUGGAUGUUGACAUAAAAUAACAAACAAUUCUUUGUAAGUAUCUCUAUGUUUUUAUCUCUUUAUAGACAUAAGCAGCUAGCUUUGUGGAAUGUGAUCGGUUUUAUGAAAUUAAUUGAGUUAUUCCUUCUCCUCUUAUAUACUUUAUCUAUAUCAUCACUAAUGUCAGGCGAUCAAAAAACAACGUUUUGCGCGUAACACUACCAAAGAAUGAAGUUACUUGAAUGGAUGCAUAGAAAACUUCGGCAGAACAGCACUGAACCGUUCAAAGACCUGGUCACUGGGCAGGCAGCAGUUGAUGAGGAACACGUGUACCAUUAUUAUCUGAAACCAAGUUUUGGGAGCUGCAAACAUGUGAAACAAACUCACAAAGCGCAGUUUAAGCUUAGAAAAUCUUUCGAAGCUGUUGGGAGUGGUAGAUCAGUAGUAGACGAGGAAGAGGAGCAGGAGGCAUGGGGUGGUAUUUUCCCUGGCUUCCUAGCAAUUGGAACUCUUGGUUUGGAAUCGGAUCCAUCUUCAACACCAACAUUUUCUAUUUCUGUUGAAAAUAUAAUAACUGAAAAGGAAGACGAAGUGAAUGAGACUGAGCUGAAGUUGAUCAAUGAUGAGUUAGAGAAAGUUCUUGUGCUAACCAACAACAAUGAUGAUUCAUCUGGAAGAAACAGCCAUGUAAGCACCGGGGGGAGAAGUAGUCAUGGAAGUAGCAGCAUAGAAUCAAACACCAUUUGUCCACUUCAGGGAUAUCUCUUUGGAUGCGCAGUUGAAUUAUCAGAAACAACCACAGCUACCGUGUCAGUGUCAAAGAAUAAGGAGCAGCAGCAGCAUAGCCACAGAACAACACUCGCUGAGCUGUUUCAGAGAAGCAAACUAGCAGAUCAGGACAAUCUUGUUGGAGCAAAGGAUGAUACUGACAAAGAAAAGGAGGAGGCCAAUAAAUCUGCCAUGCAUCUCAUGAGAAAAAAGCUCAAGAAAAAAAGGAUGCUUCACGCUUCCUCCCAAACCUUAGUUGAUUCCGCUUCAGCAGACCGAAAACUGCAUAAUAAGAUUCUCCAAAUGUUUCACAGGAAAGUUCACCCUGAAAAUCCAACAGCUGCAGAGAAGUAUGAGAAGAAGAAGAAGAAAAGAAUGAAUGGGGGAGGGCAGAAGAAAAGUGAGAAAGUUGGAGAGGAAGAAAUAAUGAUACAGCCAAAAAGAGCUGUGGCAAAGGAGAGGCAGCUCCAAUUUAGCCUCGACAGCGGCGGUGAAGAUUCAUCUGAGAAUAAGGAGCAGUGGAUCAAAACAGAUGCAGAUUAUUUAGUGUUGGAGCUCUAAAAGGCAUGCAAAGGAUGAAAUUGAGCCGAUGUCGAUCUCUCUCUCUGCUAGUACCAAACUAAUGUCAAAGUAACAUAUAUAUAUAUAUAUAAUAUGCAAUGCAAUACAUAAUGGUUUUGUUUUUGUGUGUUUAGUUUGGCACCCCAUCCAAAUCAGAGAGGGUCUCUUUACAUUAAAUUAUAUAUAAGGUUGUUGUUUAUGUUUAAGAUCGUUGACACAAGCAAGCUAGGAUGAAUUACUAGUUUACUACUAAAA